AUGACGUGCGGUGCCCGAGCAGCGGCGCUGUCUCUCGUAGUCGCCCUGGCCCACCUCAACGCGAGUGCUAUAGAUUCUAUCAGCCAGGACGCCACCGUCGUCAGCGAGACCCCGGGGAUUUCAGAUUGGAGCAAGAAAUUGCGGGCGAACUACGACGUCGUGUCGGCGAGCGACCACGAGUGGUGCACGCUCACGCGCUACAACUGGGCGUGCGUCGGCGACGCGUACGCGGCGGUGCUCAAUCGCACGCGCCCCUACCGGCCCUGGCGCUUCCAGCUCGCCAACCUCCCGCCGGGCACGCGCGUCUUCGCGGACGGGAACUCGUACCUCGCGGAGCGGAUGACGACGCUGCUCUGCGGCUGUCAUUCCACCGACGUCUUCAAGUUCGACGUCACGGUAGUGUACAGGCGCAACGAGGACUACAUCCUCGUGCGCAAGUACGAGCCGGCUCCGCGGACCGCGACGCCGACGGAUGGGGCGCCGGCGCCCGCGAAGCUGAACCUGGGCAACAAGACCGUCUGGCUGCCCACGGCGGACAUCGAGGACAUCAUCGUCGUCGCCCACGCCACGGAGCACAUCGGCGUGCCGCUCAACGGCCUGAAGGACGUCUACGUCAUCGACCGCGUCUCCGGGAGGACCGUGCCCGCGGGCAAAUGGGCCGCGAGGCCCGAGGACGGCGAGCACGGCCGGCUCAUGGGCCGGCCGACGCUGCUGCUCUCGCGCACGUCGAAGGUUUUGCGGUGGCGGUUCUGUCUGCGGUCGCAGGUCUACGCGCUCCUGUCCGGGGACGCCGUGAGCUCGGUCGCCGCGGACAAGACGGGCAUCGGCUACGCGACCAAGAAGCUCGCCAUCGACGUCAUGGACUGGGACAUCAUCAAGCGCCUCGUCGGCUGCGCGGACGACGGCGGCGCGGCCCUCACGCGCUGCGUGGAGUCGAGCGGAGAGAGCAAAAAGUGGUCUCUCCGUCCCGACGACGUCAUGAACGUCCGGCGCGGCGCCUCUACGACGAUCCAGACGAUCAACCUGACGAGCGACGCGCAGCUCGAGGACGUGACCGGAGCCCUGGGCUCGCUCUGGAACGUGGGCGUGAAGGCGAGCCUGCUCGACGGAAGCGAGUCGACGGAGGUCGGAUUCGAGGAUCCCGAACGGGCCGACGACGCGGACGAGUGCGUGGCCUGGACGCUCAAUACCGUCGUCGGGCACGAUGUCUUCGACGGGUCGACGCCCCUGGAGGAGCCUACGGAGCCCGAGACGGCCGACGCGAAGGACGACGCGGUCACGCGGCCGCCCGGCUGCCCGAAGCCGAACAAGACGCAGCUCGAGUGGGUGGGCAAGUUCUUCGACGACGACGGCGCGGUCUGGCAGGUCGACGACAUCCGCUACGACGAGGAGGAGAAGCAGAAUCUGGUUUUUACGGUCCGCGUGCAGCCGCCGCCGCCCGAGGACCGCGACUCCGACGACACGUCGUGGUACAACUGGGCGGAGAUCCCGAGGUUCCGCCACUCGUUCUCGAAGCAGCUGCGCCUGCGGGCCGUCCGCUACGAGCGCGCGCCGAAGUCGCCGGGGCUACGCCUCCGGUACGUGAGCACGUGCGACGGCAGCGGCGGGCACCUCACCGUCAGCGUCUACUGGCGGACCAUGUUCCAGAAAUUGUGCUCCCUUAGAACUGCUGACGAGAAAGUCGAUAUUCUUGUACGCAAUGGAGCCUUUCUGUUUCGUCCUCUUGAGAUCGGUACAGCGGACUUCUCCAACGAUGCUCCGCCGAUUGAAAUACCAUUCGGGUAUGCUAUGAUGUGCAGCAGUGAAAAUUAG